UGUAUGAUUUGGUCUUGUAGCUGAUGCUAUGAUGGGCGAAUAAAGAUAAAUAGCUCGUCAUUGUCUCCCGACAACACUGAGCUAAGAACAAUAUUGCACUGACCACGACAGUCCAUGAUAGAUAAGCGGUAUGUCAAACACUUGUACAAAACUCUCGACAACCGGCUUGUCUCGGAGGAGUUCUCCGGCGUACCAUAUUGAGGAGUCCUCGGCCCCCUUGGAGGAGUUUCCACUGGACUCGCCAGUAACUGCAAGCGGCCACGUUGCGACAUGGGUUCUCUACUUCGGAUAUCUGGCAUGGAGAGUGAAGCUCACUUGGGAGCUUUCUGUUCCUAGCCUCGCGGUCUGGUGUUUCCUGUGGCUCAAUGUCUUGAUGGAGGUGAUCAGCAUUGGAUCGGACUUUGUGUCGCGGUUCGAGACUCUUCUGUAUAUCCCAUUCGGGCGCAGACCCGUUCAUCGUCCAUCAUACUACUUACAUGGAGAGACUGCCCCGGCUGUGGAUGUAUGUAUCACCUGUUGCGGAGAGGAUCUGGACGUGAUCAUGGAUACCGUGGCGGGGGCAGCCUCACAGAGUUACCCGCGAGAUCGCUUCCGUGUGUUCUUGCUAGAUGACGCGAAAAGCUCGGCACUGGAAGCCGCAGCCAACCGUUUCAACAGUAAACGGCCCAAUGGCUUUCAGAAUGUCACCUAUCUGGCCCGGAAGAAGCAAACAGGCGUCCCGCAUCACUACAAGGCAGGAAAUCUCCGGUAUGGACUGGCAGAGAGCGCUAGAAGAGGUGGAGGCGCCGAGUUCGUGGCAGCAUUAGAUGUCGACAUGAUCCCCGUUAAGGACUGGCUUCGGCGUGUCGUGCCUCAUUUGCUCCGGGAUCAAAAUGUAGCAAUGGCUAUUCCACCGCAGCGGUUCUACAAUACCCCGAAGGGCGACAUGCUAGGGCAAGAUACAAAUGUGUUCGCAAGCUUGACAGAGCCGAUGAAUGAUAGCUUAGGUGGUACUUGUUGCACCGGGUCUGGCUACGUUUGCCGGCGCAAGGCUCUGGAUAGUAUUGGAGGGUGGCCUCUGCAGAAUGCAGGAGAAGAUAUCCUAUGUGCCUGGCUUCUAACCUCUCAAGGCUGGGACCUUACCUUUGUGAAAGAUGAGGUACAGUUCGGACUGGCUCCCGAUUCUCUGGCUGCCUGGUUCAAGCAGCGUGCUCGUUGGACUGACGGCAACAUCCUUUCAUACCGGAACCUUGGCUGGUUCCUGUCAAACAAUGACUUUGGUAGUCGUAGGACUGCGCUACAGCGUACUCUGGGACUAUGUCACGUUGCGAAGACCUACAUUGCUCUUCCCAACAUGGUAUUCAUUCUCCUUCUGCCUUUGGCUUUAUACCCAGUCGAAUGGACCGGCGCGGAAUUGCCCGAGUCAUGGAGGCAUAACUUAGGUCAAUGCUAUCUCAUGUUCCUUUUUGCCACAUUGCUGCAGAAAUUCUGUUACGCCCGUAUCCACAAGGAUGUCAGCGUCAAAGCCGCCAAAAACCACCAAGCGAAUCGAUUCUGGAAUACUCCAUUAAACACCGCACGUAUCAUCCGCUCCUGGAUCCCCGGAAACAUCGUGAGCUUCGAAAUUACAGGCACGGUGGUAUCCUCCAUUAACGAGCGCUCCGCCACGCACCGGAAACCACUAUGGACCCGUCUUCUGAACUCUAUGGUCUUGAUGUAUGUGGGAUGGAUUGUCUACGCGAUCAUACUACUACUGUGGCGGUGCGCGGCCUACACCACUACGCCAACGCGAGAGCUUAUUCCCCCGAGUCCUGCGGUCGUCGUUUUCCUGUUCUCUUCUGUGAUGAAAUUAUCCAUUCCGGUGCAAUAUAUGGCAUGGCCACCAACUGUACCGAAGAGACGACAGCUCCUGAAUAAGGAUGUCGACGGGGUGUACCGAGCACCUGAGGCUAAGAAAGUAAAUCGCUGUGCGAAUAGUAAGGUGAGCUGGAAAGACAUGGUUGAGGUAGUCAUCGUGGCAUAUGGGGCUUUGAGCCUCCUUUGA